GGAUUAAAACCCCUCGCCUUCAACUUUUCCGUCUGAGUAAUGGAUAGAGCUCCCCCCUACCCCGGCCUUCUCCGUAUGAUAUAAGAAACAGCUACUCUACCAACGGCUCUUCUCCUAAGGUUCUCUUUUUCUUCUCCCAGCUCCUCAUUCCUAUCCAUCCUCCAUGGCCACAAGCUCAAACCCAGAUGCCAUGGAGACAGAUGCGCCCACCCUCUCCAUCACCGUGGAGAGGAACCCACCUGAGUCACGAUUGUUGGAGCUUGGCAUCAAGUCAUGGCCCAAGUGGGGUUGCCCUCCAGGAAAGUUCCCUCUUAAGUACGAUGCAGAGGAGACAUGUUAUCUCCUCAAAGGAAGGGUGAAGGCCUACAUGAAGGGAUCCUCCGAAUGCGUGGAGUUUGGUGCCGGAGAUCUCGUGGUCUUCCCCAAGGGACUCAGUUGCACUUGGGAUGUCUUGGUGGCUGUCGAUAAACACUACAAAUUUGACCCAUCUUCUUAGCUAUCUCCCAUUCUUCUCCUUUUUCUUCUUCUUCUUCUUCUUCUUCUUCUUCUUCUUCCUCUUCUUCUCCUUCUUCUUUCCCUUUUUUUACUUUUAUACCAAUGUAAGCUUCUUCUUUUAUAUUUUAUGGGUUUGUAGUUAUGAUUAACCUAGGGGGGUGUUUAGGUCGUGAUUCCAGUCAAAAGAACCCAACAGUCAACGCAGGCCCCAUUCAAAGUAAUCUUAUUUAUUCCUUUGAAUGAGCUUUGAAUGCUACUUUGACCACCAUCACUACCUUGUGGGUGAGGGGAAGGAGUUCUAUCCGCUACCCCUCAACUUUUGUUACUUGUAAGCAUUUAAAUGAAUGAUGGAUGUUUCU